CGUUUACAUCAUAGCUUUUUCCUCCUGCUUAUUGUGAAGAACCAGAAGAGAUCUCUCAGACAUCCUCUGCAAACUCCUACACCAUGCAGCUCAAUUUAAAGACGUGUGACAACAUUUUAAAAAAAGACUAAUAAUGUAUAGUUAUAUGACACAUUGUGCUGAGAUUGGAAAGAAGGCUGAAACUAACACAAAAACAAGAACACAAAGCUUUCUCAGGACAGGAUUUUUUAACAUUCUGAUCUGUGUGACAAUGAAAAGCAAGGCUGAAAGUGUAUUUACUGGAACAGAAGGAGGCAGUGUGGAUAUCUCUUGUAAAUACACUGAUGGAUAUCAAUAUACACCCAUGUACCUCUGCCGUGAUCCAUGCGCUUAUUCUGAUGUUUUAAUUAAAACUGAGAAGGCUGAUAUUGUUACCUCUAAGGGAAGAUAUAGUGCACUAAACACCGUCUCUGCACGUAGCUUCUCUGUCACCAUAAGACACCUCACAUUAAAGGACUCUGGAGUUUAUUACUGUGGAUUGGAAACAUGGGGACCUGACACUCUGACUAAAGUAAAGCUUCAUGUCAGUAAAGUUCCUACUGUGUCUACACAUUCUCCAGUGUCCAGGCAGAUUCAAAGUUCUGCUACUACAGAACUACCUCUUGCCACCACAGUGAUAACAGCUACUGCAGAUAAUUCCACAUCAUAUGAACAAACAUCAUCCCAACCUCAAACUCAACAUUAUUUAAAGCCACAUGAACAGGUGCUUAUUGUUUGUGGAGGGGUGCUAGGCCUAAUGCUGUGCUGUAUUCUUCCAGCUCUUGUGAUUAUUUACAGGAAAACAUCCACAAAUGUCACAUGUUUAAAACCAAUUGCUUCUGAAGUGUCACAUUCACCCACUGAUCAGGAGGACAUUUGCCAUGUGUAUGAUGAGAUGUCAGCUGUGUAUAGCUUAGCUGGUCCAGCUACAGAAGAUGGUUCUUCAGGCACCUAUUGCACCAUUCAGCUUCCUGCUCCAGCAGAUACAUGUACUGAUUACAAUCCAUAUUCUCUUGUACUGUAGCUCCUCACUGAAACCAGUUACAGCACCUUAUACAUGUGAGACAUACCAAAAUAUGUGACAAUACCAAAAGGUAAAACGUUGUUGUGUUGUUGCAGCUCUCAUGCGAACACGUGUACAUAGUGAUUAGGCAGAGUGAGAAAACACUUAACUAAGAAGCUGUAUUCACUGACCGCCCACUAGUAUGAAUGUUUCCUAUCUAAGUACAUGUUCCAUGAGCACACCUGCAGGAAGUGACUGAAGUGUGAGACGUUCCACAAUAAAAUGCUAAAUUUAACAUACUGUAGGUGGUAUGUAGUUGUCUAACACAUAAAUUACUUCAAAAAUCACAACAAUCUAAAUAUAUUUCUCGUUGUGUCUGAUGUGGAUUUAAUACAAAGUAAUAAUAGUUUGCCCAGAGGUUGAGUAUAAUUGCCAAGAUGUGAGCUGUUAUUGUUGAGAUGUUACCAAACCAUACAGUAAUAUUUACCAAAAUAGGUAAAAAUGUCAACUAUGAACAUUAGACAACAGUGAAUGUAAUUCUUCUUUAUUAAUAAUUGCUGAAAAUAUGUUUUUCAAUGUUUUGUGCUAUUUGUCCAAAUUAUGUCUUUAAUGUUUCCAAUAAAUGUCUUAAAUGGCAGAUAAAAAAAAACCCUUUCUUUUUUGUUGUGUUUUUGUCAUGUGCUUGCCAUUGCAAUAUGGUAUUAAUUUAUAACAGUAAGUCAAAAGGGGCACAUAUGACUCAAAGUCCUUGUUAUUCUCCAUGCAUACAGCCACAACUUUACAUCUUAAACAGUCAUAAAUUGAGAAAUAAUUCUAUAAAUUCUCAUGAAACAUAAUGUGUAUGUUCUCAAUAUGAUGUUAUUAAUGGGUUUAUUGUA